AUGUGUCUUCAAAUUGUGGAGAAGUUCCCAGCGUGUGGCCUGCAGACCGAAUCUCGUAUCAACCCGCCCUCACCACCUGCAGACCGAACCUCCACGGAAUCACGCGCUCAGCACGAAAUCACAUCCGGAUACGUCGCAAUCAUCUCGUACAUCCGCCUCGCGCACACUGCCCUUCUACAACCCGCAAUACAGCGCAUGGCUUCCCUAGCCCAUCCGCACCCAUCCAGCGGGCCGAAUCCCAUAGCCCUCCGCCUAUCCCGCUGGCCGUCUCCAUUCCAUUGCGUACGCGCUCGACCACGUACGUCCUCCACGCGCAUUACCAUAGCCAUGCCAUCAUCUCAGUCAUCAUCCCGUCCCCACGCCAUGACAUCCGAAACCCAGCCCCCCUCCCCCAGAACGGGCCGACUUGACAAGCACGUUGCCAAGCCCGUGAUCCCCGCCAAACCAGACCGCUCAGAAACCGCGGGAUCUGCUUAUGAUGAUUCGCAUCGGCCAGACUUUUUUUUGCUCACGUUUUGCCAAGCCUGCAUCUACAUGGCGAAGCGCCAAGCUCCUUUUCUUUGUUUCCUUUCCCCGGAGUAG